AUGCGUGGAAUGACAUUUCAGGAAAGAAGAACUCAUACUUCAGGUUCUCAUAUCUCUGCAGCACAAUUUGCAGCUAGUACAGGUGGUUUAGCUAUGGAUACAGCACUAUUAGCACGUGUAAGUGGCACUGAUCCAUCACUAAUGGGAUCGGAAGAGAUUCAACAGAUUAUGCGGACACCUGAUUUACUGUCGAUCUAUCAAAAAUUACAAGAAGAAGAUGAUCGAAGACAGAGACGAUUGGAACGCAAUCGAGCGUCAGCAAGAGUACGACGUGAGAAGAAAAAGGGUAUGGUCGAGACCUAUGAAGGCGAAGUCGCAAAGCUUGAAAGCUCGCUCAAUAUGCUCAAGAAUCAUGAGUUUGGGACGGGAAAUGCACAAGAACUAGCAACUGCAUUGCAAAACAGCUCAGGGGAAUACUUACGCCAUGCACUCAUGUCGAAGGAUGCCAAGAUGGAGUUAAUGGCGCGUAUUCUUGGCCAGCACUCGCGAAAUACAGAAGCGAUCCGCCGUGCGAAUGCUGAAAAUCAAGCAUUGAUUGCAGUAGCGUCGGAUAACUCAAAGUUAUUCUUAUCUCUAAGGGCGCAACUUGGUCUCACAAAUGAGCAAUGUCAGCGAAUUGCCAACUUCAAUGCAUCUGCGAGUGAAGAAGCGCGCAAGCUGGAUGUUAUUCGGAAGUGUUUUUCUGCACUGCGAGCGCACGAUUGGCUUUACGUCCCGGGCAUUGAGACUAUCUUGCAUCAAACACGGAACACGAUGACUCCACACCAAUUUCAAAAACUCUUGUCUUGGUCCGUGGAGAACCGCCCAUCAAUCGACCAGUUACAGUUCGUAUCAACGCCGUCUGUGUGUGAGCAAGACCUGACAUUUAUCUUUUCCGAGGACUAG